CGGAGUUUGAUUGACUCGACACAGCUCAUUUGCAUCUGGCUAGACGUUUACGAUUUAGAAAAGAUACUCAGAAACCGGUUCUCAUCAAUAGGCCGCCUGGGGUGCUCACAUGGUGGUCCUUCUUUGACGCGUCCUGACCACUGUGCCACUCAGCCUUCGGCGCUUGCCCAGACGGACCGUGAUACUUAUUCCGCGGACAGACAACCCAGACGAAGACGAAUAAUCUGACUGCUUCUCGAGGGUCUUUGACAAUUUAAUGCGUCUCACAAACCAAAUCUAGCCUGCCACAAGAACCUGAGCAGUUGAGUUUCAGUCUCAACCCCCUACGUUGAGAAAAAAAACCCCCCCAGCCCCCAAAACCAUGGAUCUGGACAUCUCCGACAUCCUCGCGGACGUCUCACGAUCCGCCCACCACCUCUCUCAAUCUUCAUAUCCGCAUUCUGGCCAUGCCGCCGACACAGACACAGAUAUAUUCACCGACCACCAACUCCUGACGCGGGCGUGGACGUCGGAACGCUGCGCGCCCGACCUGCUGCCGUAUCCGACGGAAUUAAUGGAGCGGGUGAUGAGCCGGGUCCAGGCCCAGAUCGCGAGGAUCGAGGACCUGGCGUCUGGGAUGGGCGAGGGCGAGGUUGCUGCUGGUGGUGGCAGAGACAGAGGUGCCGCGGGAGGAGGAGGGACGCAGAAUGCGAACCUCGUCUUGAGCAUUUUACAAACGGACCUGAGUCGGACGCAGUUCCUUGUGCGGAGUUUCUUGCGGCAGAGACUUGCCAAGAUGACCAAGUACGCCAUGUGGUAUCUUGGACAGAACGAGGAUCGGAAGACUGCGUAUCUGAGCGUGGCCGAGGCACGGUUUCUACGGAACCAUCAGGCUUUGUUGAGCGAGUUUUACGAUGUGAGCUUUUUGAGUGCGUUCCCGGCCGGAUUGAGACGAUUGGAUGAUACGAGUGGUGGUGUGAGGAUGGUGGAGGGCCCGGAUUCGGGGGCCGCGGUCGUGGUGAGGUGUUUGAGUGAGAUGUGGGCGAAUGCGGAGGAUGUGGAACGAGGAGUGGAGGAGAGGGAGAGUCAGAGGGAUGAUGCUGAAGGAGGUGCAGCGAGUGUAGAGUUGAGGAUGAGGGGAGGACAGGUGUGGGUUGUGAGGUGGAGGGAUGUGAGGGCGGGUGUGGAACGGGGGAACUUGGAACUGUUAUAGCAGACCGAGAAGAGAGGAUGAGAGGGAUGGGAUCAAGGAUUGAGUAUGUAUGCCAUUGGUGCGGCUUUCACGGGGAUGCUCGUGAUGAGAGAGAGCUGGCCAUGGGAAUGUACCUCGCCCGAGGUACAGGUCUGGCAAGGCUUCGCUUCAUGGUGCAUGGAUUGCUUUUGAGCACGCACUAGGAUCACGAUUGAACGAACGGGACUCUGUUGUCUUUACUGAUGACAAUGUGGUAUACCACGCUUCACUACCGUAGAUGAAGACUUUUACUACCUGG